CAAAGCCCCGCCUCUAGCUGUCACUGACUGAGCCCUGAGAAGCAACGAGAGCAGAGAAAACGAUCCCUUCAGGUGUAACGAUGGAUUUAGUGCUGAAUGUGGCGGAUUAUUAUGUUUUCACGCCGUACGUCUACCCUGCUUCGUGGAGUGAAGAUAAUUCUUUACGCCAGCUGCUCAGUCUGUUCCUUGUGACCAAUAUCGGUGCUUUGGCUAUCUACUUUCUGUUUGGGGGGCUCAGCUACUAUUUCGUGUUUGAUCAUUCGUUGAUGAAACACCCGCAGUUCCUUGAGAAUCAGGUUCGACGUGAGAUCAAGUUUUCCAUGCAGUCCAUGCCUUGGAUCAGCAUUCCCACCGUUGCUUUGUUUUUUGCCGAAGUUCGAGGGUAUAGCAGACUUUACGACAACAUUGACAGUUCUCCAUAUGGAUGGUUUGGGGUGAUCCUCAGUAUGAUUUCAUUCCUAUUCUUUACUGACAUGGCAAUCUACUGGAUUCACCGCUUCCUGCACCACAAGCUCUUUUACAAGCGUUUUCACAAACCACAUCAUCUGUGGAAGGUGACAACACCGUUUGCAAGCCAUGCGUUUCACCCAAUUGAUGGAUUCAUGCAAAGUUUGCCUUACCACAUCUACCCCUUUAUCUUCCCCCUUCACAAAAUCACCUACCUUGGGCUCUACAUUUUUGUCAAUAUUUGGACAGUGUCAAUCCACGAUGGUGACUAUCGAGUACCAACGUUUCUCAAACAGAUCAUCAACGGAUCAGCUCAUCAUACUGACCACCACCUAUAUUUUGACUUUAACUAUGGCCAGUAUUUUACCCUCUGGGAUAAAAUCGGAGGGUCCUACAAGAACCCGUCAUCAUUUGAAGGAAAUGGACCACACGACCUGUGCAAGAAACUAAAAGAAGACGGCGAGAGCUCCCGUAAUGGCAAUGCCAACUACCAGAAAUUCACAGAGAAUGGGAAAAAUAAGUAAAUUCCUGCUGGAGGACAUGAUCAGUCUAAACUGCAAACUUGUUCUAUUUACUAAUUAAUAGAGCAGAAUAUUUAUUUCAAGAAGAGUUAACGUGGGAUGCCAGUAUGUGCUAUUACUUGCUCUGCGCGAAUAUUAGUUCCACAUUCAUAAUUUCUUGAAAUAAAUUUCACUGGAAUGAAUUCUAGCGCUUGCACAUUUGUGCACUAAAUUCCUUUUUAUUGAGCACAAGGACCUUGCUCAGUGGGGUUACUGCCUGCUGUAAAGUCUGUUUCCCUCCCCCCCCAAAAAAUAAUAAUAAUUGGGGCAAUUCUGGUACAAUAAAAAUGUAAUAAUGAAAUGUAAGUUCUAUUUCUGCUGGUAGAAUAACUCCACACGACUUCUCACACUCGUGCAGGUAAAAUUAAUUCUGACUUGCACCAAUGAGUUAUGUGAGAGAUUUGUGAUUGGAUUGAUAUCUUAUCACUUAGAAAGCAUCAGAAACCUUGGGCAUAAAGUCCAUAGUCUAGGGCCUUGCAUGGCUGAGGUAAAUUUUUAACAACGCCUCCAUUAAACUUUGAUUUUUAUUUCAGAAUUUAUUUUUUAAUGAUGAAUCCAAAAUUAUAAAAAAAACGUUCUAAUGGAUUCUGUAGAAAAAUAAAACUUUGUUAAGGGACCAUGAAGAUUUAUGGGCACGUUACCCUUCCAGGUAAAAAACGCGUUGUCUAAAACACUGCAAAUUGCUGUCCCUUAUAUAAUUCUCACAUAUUUCAGACUUGGCUAUUGCUUUACAGGGAAAAAAAAUGUCCAGACAUGUGUUCUCAGUUUUAGAAAUUGUUUGUUUCAGAAAAUGCAUUUAUUCUGUUUUGCGUUGUCAUGUGCUGAGAUUAGCUGUAUUUCUAUUCAGGGGAAAUUCUAAUAAAAUAGACAAUAUUUUCAUGGUUUGAGGAUUUCAGGAGUGCUUUGAUCUAAAAAUGCAGUUCUAAUUCAUUAGAGACACAUCUGUAGAUGGGAAUGCUGUGUGUGUGAAGCAGGAGGAAUAAAUCGGAAAGGAGACCCAAUCCACAAUAUCCCAUCCUCUUGUUUGUAGCGCAGCCUUCGCAGGAAGACGUAGCAGGAUACAAUAUAUGCAUUGGAAGAGUUAACGGAGAUGGAUCCGACAGGACCCUGAUCCCCAAUGUAACACAGGAACUGCACUCAAUCUUCCAACCAUAGAACCAGGGUGCAACCCGAUCCAGGUUCAGCACCAAAUCCCAAAUGGAAUACUUCAAAAGAAAGGACAAGGGCACUCCUAAGGUUCAAUUUUAGGCAAUUUAUGGUCACCAGAAUGUGCAAAACAAGUACCCUGAUCCCGGACUGCUUGGGUCCCUCUGUCACAUCGUACUUGCAUUUACAAUGCUAUUUUAGCCAUUGUAUUUCGUAGACUCUGUGGAGCAUGGGGUAAUUCUCACUUCAAAUGCAACUUGCAGGCUCAUUCUGCUAGCAAACCAGAAGGGUUUAUUCACCAAAUGGUGAGUUAAAGUCUGCUUUUAAGUUGCAUAAACUGACAAAAAAUGUGUCCAAAUCUGCGAAGCGGAGGAAGUUUGCUUGUCUGCAAACACAUCUCCUGGUUAGUAAAUAAGCCACUCAUUAUUACCCUGAGGUUCUCUUUUCCUAUUCACAGGUCUCACUGUAGAGUCUUAGUUUUUAUUGGAAAUUUUAUUUUGGUUAGUCUGAAAGUAUUCUAAAUGGCAUUAUUAUAAUCAUGGUUAUUCGUGGUUUGACAACGCCACAUUGGACUGUAAUAAAAUAAACCGUGCAGUAUAUUUCUAGAGAAACUUGUAUCUGUAUCCAAAUUCAUGGUGAGCAGGAAAUACCUCUCUCAAUCCCAGAAUAUUAUCUCUGACCCCUUAUACACCCAGCUGCAUGACUUCACAAGAACAUUAACUGUCAUUUUACUUUGAUUUCUAUGUAAUUGAAAUGUGUACAUAAUGUAUCUGUGUUUUUGGUUGCCAAUAAAAAACAAACUAUAUUUUACUUAAAUAGCAUGACCAGCAUAGCUGCUCAUUUUCAGCAAAAGAACUGUAAAAUAAAUGAAUAAUUUUUAAUAUCGUUUCAUUUAUUAUAUAUGAAAUAAAUGUAUUUGUAUACAAUCUA